AUGGAGGCUUUAAGUUCAACGAACAGACAAAAGAGUGCGACUCAACCCUUCACAGAAUACUGUAAUGAGUUGAAUCCCGAUGAUCCGAAUAAUGAUGGAUGGUUUGGUGAAUAUCCGCACACUGAUAAUGAUGACGUUUGCGGGAUUCGAGCAAUUUUCCCGACUUCGGAUCGUUGUUGGGGCAAAUGGUUGGGCGUUUCUGAGAGUGAACUUUGUGAUGUUGGCAAUGGUGGUGUGGCAAAGGUAAAUGGCACACUUUAUUGUGGUUGCGCCGAGGGUUUUCAGUACACGAUCAGUGUUGGCGCAUCGGCUUGUACCCCAAUCCAACCUCCAUGUGAAUCUUGUCAUUUCGAUUGUCAUAUCUCUUCAAAAUGUCUUCCACUCGGUGACACUUCUUUUGUCUGUGCCAGAUGCAAUUCUGAACUCGGAUUUGAGGACGUUUCCAUUCAACCGGGAGUGCAGCCAGGAAAGUCGUGCAGAGAUGUGGACGAAUGCUCAAAGGAUAACGAUUGUGACCAAAAUGCGGCUUGUGUAAAUCAAGAAGUUCUCUCGAAUUCCUAUCGCUUCAAAUACACUUGUAUCUGCAAGAAAGGCUGGCGUGGAAUGAACGAGACGGGAACUAAGUGCCAUCCAUGUCGUGAUGAGAACGAAUGUCGAAUUCCCGGGAUAUGUGGAGCGGGAGCUGAAUGUCAAAACACUGAUGGAAGUUAUAUUUGUAAAUGCAAAGAUGGCUAUCAGAAAGGACCAGAUGGUAAAUGUGUCGAUGUUGAUGAGUGCUCACAAAGUCCAUGUGGUCGCUAUUCGAAUUGCACAAAUACUGAAGGCAGUUACAUCUGUCAAUGUCUUCCCGGAUUCAAAGAUGUUCCCAUGCCAUGGACGAUUAAGCCACAAGUGAACUGUUUACUUGACAAAGAAUAUCACUGCAAGAAAUGCUGCAGUGCGACCACUGUUUGCGUGGAAACAAACUCACAAUUUCAAUGUCAAUGCAAGAAGAAUCACCUCUACGUUGACGGACAAAGAUGCAAACCGAAAGUGUGGUGUGAAAACAACGCCGACUGUGCCCCUCAACCAAAGGGACUUUGCGUUGAAUUGAAUCCACCGGGAAGUGGCUAUAAAUGCAAAUGUCAAGAGAAUUAUGAGGGCGAUGGAAAGAAGUGCAUUGCCACUAAUGUCUGUGCUCGUGAAGCACCUUGUACCCUCGUUGCACACGCCGAUUGUUUCUCUCAAAAUGAAAAGAAUUACUUCUGUAAAUGUGAACCCGGUUACGUGAGACAAAUGGCUGAAGAGGGCAAUCCGAAGGCUCCAUGCUAUAGCGUCAACUCGUCCCAAGUAAAUAAUUGCUCGAUCUGUGAUUUGGCGACACAAGACUGUCGACCGGUGUUGGACCUGUUGGGACAACCGGAUCCAAAUUUCAAGUCAUGCUAUUGCAAAGACGGAUACGAGCCACGAAAAGAUGGAAAACCCGGAUGCACAAACACAAACGAGUGCCUCUUCGAGGACAUGAACAACUGUGAUCCGAUUCGAGCACGCUGCAUUGAUAAGAUCCCGCAUUUGGAUGGUGGGCUGAAAUUCGAGUGUAAAUGUUUGCCCGGAUACAAAGGACCUGGAACGAGGAACACUUGUCAAAAUAUCAACGAAUGUGAAGAGAAUCCGAAACUCCCAUGUGCCGGUCAGCAUAUGAAAUGCAAGGACAUCGUUGGAAGCUAUGAAUGCUACUGUGAACAGGGAUACACAAUGAUCGCUGGCACAAUGGUUUGCUUGGACGUGGAUGAGUGCCGAGCACAUCCUUGUCCGCCUAAUGCUGAGUGCUUCAACAAAGAUGGAAGCUACGAGUGCCGUUGCGCCAAGGGUUUCAAGUCGACCGGUGAAUUGCUCCCAGAUGGAAAUGGAACGUGCAUUGAUGUGAAUGAAUGCGAUGAGUUCCCGACUCUGUACAAUAAGUCCGCUUGCAACACCGAGGCGAGCACAUGUCGAAACACACCGGGAAGUUGGGAAUGCGAGUGCAAGCGACCUUUCUACAAGCCUUGUGGAGAGGAUUGCGAAGGUGACAGUACUUGCUCCGAUGACAAAUGUGUUUGUGGAAGUUGUGUCGACAUUGACACUCCACCCUAUUACAAGUGUCUCUGUCCGUAUGGAUCAUUCACACCGAAUGACACGAUUUGUUUGGAUCAAAAGUAUUGUGACGGUGGGGAUUAUCAUUGUGGUGAUUUCGGAGAAUGUGUCGAUCGAGAAUGCGUUUGUGCGGAGAACUACGAAUGGUUGACUUUCCCCGGCCCGUACACUCCUGAAACGAUGAAAGAUCGCCCCGGAUGCAGCCCCAUCAACCUGUGUGAUCGUCAAGGAUGCCCGGCAUCUGAUAUGAAAUGCACACCAUUGGACAGUCAUCCAUUCAAGAGAUGCGAAUGCCCGCUGGGGACGAAGUACUCGAGGGAAUUGGUGGCUUGUAUUGAUAUCGAUGAGUGCACGGAAGAAGUCUUUAAAGUCGAUUGUCCCAUUCACUCUCAUUGUCACAACUACAACGGGACAUAUGCUUGCGAAUGUGAUCCGGGAUUUUUCAACGAAAAUAUCGACCCAAAGACACGGGCUCAAUCACCGCUCUGUAAAAACAAAGAUGAGUGCAAGAAUGGGCAGAACAAUUGCUCGAGAAUACCGAACAGUUUCUGCAAGGAUGAGACACCAGGCUUCAGCUGUCAGUGUAAACCCGGAUAUUUCAAAUCGGUUGACAGGACGAGGAGCUGUGGAAGAGGAAAGCAUUGUCUGGCUGAGACUUGCAUGGAUGUAGAUGAGUGCAGAAACACGAUUUGCCCUGAACACUCGAAGUGUCAUAACACUGAUGGAUCUUACUACUGCGAAUGCGAACCAGGCUACAAAAUGGAGAACGGUGUUUGCUGCAGAGUGAACUACUGCAACGGCGAGGGUGGCGGUCAUAAUUGCACCCGUUUUGAGAAAUGCGUACUCACCGAGAACUUCUUCAAAUGCGAGUGCAUUGAGGGAUACGAGCACAAUUUGGCAUCCAACAAUUGCACAUGGGUCCCAAUUUGCGAUACGCCGAAAGACACAUGUAAGCCGAGAAACAUGAAAUGCAUUGAUGAUGCCACAAAUGGACGACAUGUUUGCCAAUGCGGGCAACAUCAAAAGUUCAUCAACAAUAAGUGCAUUGACAUCGUUCCUUGUACUCUCUAUCCGUGUCCGAAAGGCGAUCAGAACAUUUGCAAGAACGACAAGACCCAAGCGGAUGGAUAUCGUUGCGAUUGUGCAAAGGAUUACAAAAAGAAUCCAAAGUGCGCCGGUCAUCCCAAUAAUUGUUCGUGUAUCCCGGAGAAUCUCUGUGAAAAGUAUCCAUGCCGGAAAGACUCACAAUGUCAAUGGAAAAACGGUGAACGCGUUUGCAAAUGCAAUGAUGGUUUUGCGAUGGCUCAAUUAAAAGAGGAGUGCUUGUCCACCGAUGGCUGCACUCUUCCGAAUGGGAAACCCCGCUGCUCUCCCAGCACCGAAGAUUGCCAGCCAACUGGACCUGGAGCGGCCCGUUGUAUCUGCAAAACGGACGCCAUCCAAGUCGGCGAGAAAUGCGUACCGAAUCCGUGCAAUAACAAUACUGCUUGCCCAGUUGAUGCUACAAAAUGGCAAACGUUUGACAAGAAUGGAGUACCCAUUUGCACUUGUCAGUGCCCGACGGGAAUGUCCUUUGAGAAUGGAAAAUGCACGCAAGUGGAUCCGUGUGGAUGCCGGCCGUUGAUGCCACCAUGCAAAAAAGCGACGGCUUGUGAGUCAGCUGAACAAGAAUGUCGUGUAUGGGAUGGAGAAGCUCACUGUGAUUGUCCAAUCGGAUAUCAAUAUGAUCCAGUUACAAAGACGUGUCCAGACUACAAUGAGUGCAAGAAUAACACUUUCUGCCCACCGGAUACGAGUUGCAAGAAUUUGGAGGGAUCAUAUCAAUGCAUUUGCUUGAAAAGAGGACAAGUCUUCGAUCCAAUCAUCCAACAAUGCAUUCCUGACACCGGCUGUUCAGAGGAGGCUCACUGUAGCGACGAUUUGAACAAGAAAUGUCAACGAGUUGGAAACGAUCAAAUCUACUGUGUCUGCCAAGAACCGUAUCAGGGAUCGGGAAAACCGGGAGAGCCGUGUACACCCAUCGAUUACUGCAAUCUUCCUCAGUACAAAAAUAUUUGUGGAAAUGUGACCGGUUCUGUGAAAAUCAUUGAUCCGAUUGGAAAAACUUGCAAGUGCUCUUGCAAAAACGGCUGUGAGGCGAUAUUCGAAGCGGCUGAGUCGUCAAAAGUCAAGGAAUGUAGAGAUAUUGAUGAAUGCUCGAGAAGCCCACAAAUCUGUGCAAAUCGUCUAAACACAAAGUGCCAGAACAACGCGAAUCUUUGCGGUGGAUACGACUGUGUCUGUCUGGAACGCUAUCAAAUGAACAAUCAAACAAGUGCCUGUGAGGCAAUCGAUUACUGUAAAGAACGUCGUGUGAACUGUGGCUCGAACGCGAAAUGCGAGCCGAGAACUGGAGCCUGUAAAUGCGAUCCCGGAUAUCAAUGGGAUCAUAUCACAAAGCAAUGCAUCGACAUCAACGAGUGUGACCUGUGGCCUUGCAAGGAACAUGAACUCUGUAAUAACCUCGUCGGAUCGUAUGAGUGUCUUUGUGAUGCUGGCUUUGUUCGUUUGGCAUCGGAUGGUCCUUGUGUCGAUGACAAUGAGUGUGCUCACCCGGUCAAGCCAUGUCCAGAGCACUCAGUUUGUCAGAAUUUGAUUGGAGGCUUCAGAUGUGAUUGCAAUACGGGAUACUUCCAGAAUGGAGAAUUUGACUGUGCCACCAACUCUACAAUUUGCGACACUUGCCCAGUGAACUCGCAUUGCAUUCGCACGAUCGCCAAAAACACUAUCUACAACUGCACUUGCGAUGACGGAUUCAGACUCGACGGAACUGAAUGCAAAAAUAUCAACGAGUGUGAUGAGUUGAAACCGUGUCACAAAAAUGCCACUUGUACGGAUUUGAUUCCCGGCUAUAAAUGUGAAUGUAACAAGCCGUUGGUUGGCAAUGGAGUUACUGAUUGUAGCUUGCCCGAUUUCUGCGAUCCCCAAAGCGGCUACCUGGACUGUCCGGCUGAUUCCAAGUGCUCGCCCAAGUACCCCGGAUACACUUCGAAAAAGGGGAAACUCCACUAUGUUGAUUGCAAAUGCACGCUGAGUGGCUUCAAAUUCAACGAAGAGACAAGGACUUGUGAAGACAUAAAUGAAUGCGAUAAGCCGGACGCUUGCCCGACAAAAGCCGUUUGCAAUAACAAGAUCGGUUCUUAUGAGUGUCUCUGUUCAGCCGGGUACGCCUGGAAUCCAGACACCAAUCAGUGUGAUAACAUCAACGAGUGUCAUUGCACAGCUGCCGGUUGUUAUGAUAAGAACAAGUGCUCGAUGCAAGUUGGCCGAUGUCAAGAUACUGAUGGUUCAUGGACUUGUGUCUGUAAUGCGAAUUAUGGGCAUCCAAAGAGCACAAAUGAUAGUCAAACGUGUGAAAGGAUUACCUAUUGUCGAACGGAACUUGAUGAUUGCGAUAAAGAGACCACAGUGUGUAAAGAAACCGAUACUGGAUUCAUUUGUGUCUGCAAGGGGAAAGGGUUACGAUACGUGCCCAACACAAACAAUAAGAAAUGUGAGGACAUCAACGAGUGCAUUGAGAACACACACACUUGUGGACCAUUUCAACAAUGCACCAACAAAUUGGAUGGAUUUUAUUGCAAUUGUACAAAUGACAUCCCGACAAAUGAUCCAAAUACAUGUGCCCCGGUAUCCGAUUGCCCGAAACCUUUAGAUUGUGGGCCGUACGGCUUUUCGAAAAUGGAGAAUGGACAGUGUCGCUGCAAGUGUAAUAAUCGGUAUCAGUGGAACGAGAAAGAGCAAACGUGUAUCCCGUACAACAGCUGUGAUCUCGCCUACGAGUGUCCGUUGAAUUCUGACUGCAAGAUCGUUCAGAGACAAAAUGAAACAAAAGAUGGAUCCCCGGGAGCAGCUGGCACUUACGCGGCUUGCGUCUGUCGAACUGGCUACGAGAUGAUCAACUUCCAAUGCCAUCAAAAUAAUAUCUGCAAAGAGCAGCCAACUAUUUGUGGAUUGGACGCACAAUGCCUUCCCGAUUCUAUUGAACCCUACAAAAAUACACUUGUGUUUGUGCCUACGGAACAAUGGUUUAUCAAACGGUCGAUGGACCGCGGUGUGAGGAAGCUAAGUGAUUGUGACAAGCGGAAUCCUUGUGAUCCAAAUUCGGCGAUUUGCUCGGUGAUGAAAUCUUCGGUUCGCUGUGAUUGCAAGCCAGGCUUUGAGGGAAUUGGCACAUUGGAGAGCCCAUGUUUACCGGUUAAAAUUUGCGAGAAGUACAACCCAUGCUCGAAAUUCGCUCAUUGCACCGAGGCGAACGGAGUGGCGAGAUGUGAAUGCAACAAAGGAUACACUGGAAAUGGAACUUAUUGUAAAGAUGUGAAUGAGUGUGAUGGAGUCAACGAUUGCUUCCCUGGAGCUCUCUGCACGAAUACCCAAGGAAGUUAUGUUUGCAAAUGUCCUGAGGAUUAUGAAGGAGAUGGAAAGACAUGCACUCCAAUCAAAUACUGUGAGAACAAGUUGGAUAAGUGCGAUCGGAGGUCGACAAAUUGCCAGCAAGAAAAAGUCGGCUACACGUGUCAAUGCAAAGGUGGAUUCAAGAAAAGCUACAACAACAAAUAUCAAUGUGAUGACAUUGAUGAAUGCCAUCCGAUGAAUCCCUGUCCAAUUCAUGCUGCGACCAAAAUACCGCACAAAUGCAUCAAUAGUAUUGGCUCGUACUCGUGCGAGUGCUCGAAUGGAUAUGUGAAUAUAGAUUCGACGCAUUGCAAGGAUGUUGAUGAGUGCACCCAUGAUCCAUGCCUCGCCAACUCCGAAUGUAUCAAUUUGGAGGGAACAUUCAAGUGUCUCUGCGAUGAGGGAUAUAACAGAACGGUCACUGGUGAGGGUCCACUCGAUUAUUGCUGUGAUAUCUUCCCAAUUUGCGAGAAAAGACCGGAAAUCUGCGAUCGAGCCGUGAGCACUUGCAAUAUGGUGCCCUAUAAGCCAGCAUACACCUGUGAUUGCAAGCCCGGCUACGCAAAGAAAGAUCCAAACGGAUUGUGUGAAGACAUCGAUGAGUGUACAAGUGAUGCAAAAGUGAUUGAUCACAUGAAAAAUAAGGGAUCCAAUGUCACUUGCACAAACAAGAUCGGAAGCUACGAGUUGAACUGUAAAAUCGGAUACAAAUCAGUGGAAGACAAAACAACGGAGCUUCUUGUUUGUGGACCUGUCAAUGAGUGUGCUGAGGAUCCGGCUUACACCAAGGCACUUGAUGUCAUUGAGCAGUUCAAGAAAAAGGUGAUGAACAAGGAGCCUGUAACAAUGAAUGAUCUCACCAAAUCCCUCCCCUCAGCCGAGAAACUCGACUCCGCUUAUGCAAAAUGUCUUGAAACUCAGCGCUUCCCGAUGUGUGUCGAUUUCGACUAUGAAUCUGGCUCAAACACUCAACUCUUUGAAGAAGAGAGUCCCGAUGAGUUGAAAGAGUACAAGGGAUUUGGUUGUCGUUGCGCUGAUGGUUCAGAUCCGACAAAGAAUGGUGAUUGGAUGGAAUGUCAACAAAGUAUUUGCCGCUGCUUGGGUGCUAAUGUGGAUCCAAAAUGCAUGAACGGAGUGCCCGGACAAUGCCAGUGCAAACAAGAUCCUGUCAAGAAAUAUUACAAGCGAUACGAUAAAGCUGGAAAUCUCUACUGCUCAGAGAACCAGUGCGAUGUAAACACUAACCUCAUCGCUGUCGCCAAUGGAUUCAAUACACGGAUAAAAUGCGAGAACGGCCGACUGAUCGUACCGGCUGGUUGGGAGAUCGUUGAAGGGAGUAGCAAUCAAAUGGAGUACAUGAUCAAGGAUAUCGAUGAAUGUGCAAAGAGUAACCCGUGUUGCGACGAUCAAAAUUGCAAAGGACCAAACUGCGUAAAAUGCUUCAACACACCAGGAAGCUACGAAUGCAAGAUCUCAACAACAAGCGGCGAUUUCUCAUGUGUUUCUGGCAAAUUUGACGGGAAAACAUGUCUUUGUGCAGAAGCCGUCUGCAACGUGAAAAAGGCGUGGUUCUACGACUGUACUGGUUGCAAUGUCACCUCGAGAACUUUCGCAAACGAUAAUAGAUCGGUUUGCUCUAACAUCUUGAAAGAAGACGGUUCCGGUUUCAAAACCUUCAAAUCAAUGAAAGAUCUCUUGGCGUCGACGUGUGAUGUGUACUUAAAUGGUGGACAGGGGUACUGUGCGAUGAACAUCCGAGGCGAUGCGAACAAAACAACUGAUCAACCAACCUUCAAUUACUUUGGAGAGUGCAAUGAAGCAGUGGCUCCAAAAUGUGAAAGUGGGGUGGUUCCAUCAAGGACUUCGACCAUCUCCGGCCUCCCCAAAGAACUCUACAUUUGCUAUUAUGGACCUACCAACACAUACGGUGAUGUUCCCGCUGGCGCCACGACGACGAAUGUGAUUUCGACGUUGAGCUGUCAAAAUCAAUUUUCAUCGAAGAACUGGGCCUUUCAGCAAAUCGGAAACACGCUCGAGCAAAAGAAAGUCAAAGUGGCC